UUGAAGGUGCUUGUGAGGUUCAGAGAAAACGAGGACUUACAACAGCUGUCCAACUUCCGUCAGAGCGGAGGGGAAAAGUCUCUGACAACUGUCUUAUUCCUUUUGAGCCUACAGCAAUGUGAAGCCACGCCCUUCCGUUUGGUUGAUGAAAUUAACCAGGGAAUGGACCCGUACAACGAAAAGAGGGUGUUUGAAAUAUUGGGGGAGAUGGGAGGUAGGUCCCAGUUCUUUAUUAUUACACCUAAACUUAAUACAGAUCUUGAAUUCCUGAGAAUACAACAGCAAUAA